AUGAUAGCUCCUGGAAAUGAAAUACGAGCGAAACGACAUGGUAAUGNCAUGAUAACUAAAAACUUCUAUCUUCUGUCAAACAACUAUGGUUCAUUUCCAUUUCCAACACGUCGGAAUGAUUUUACAGAUGAUUAUGAAAUAUUACCAGACGUGUUAGGUCGUGGUGUUAAUGGUAGAGUGUAUAAAUGUCAACAUCUUCGAACAGGACAAAAAUGUGCCCUUAAAAUUUUGCAAGAUUCAAUGAGAACUCGACGAGAAGUUAUAUUGCAUAAAAAAGCAUGCGAAAAUUGUCAAUACAUUGUGAAAGUAUUGGAUGUUUAUGUACGAAUAUUUAUGGAAGGUGGUGAACUAUUCAAUCGUAUUGAAAAACGAAACGAUAAUUCGUAUACCGAACGUGAUGCUGCCAGAUAUAUUUGGAUGGUUGCUCAAGCUGUUUAUCAUUUACAUGCAAUGGAUAUAGCCUGUGAUAUUUGGUCCAUGGGUGUUAUUAUGUAUAUUCUUCUAUGUGGUUAUCCACCUUUCUUUCCCAAACUUGGAGAGUACUCAAGUUCUUCAAUGAGAAAUAGAAUCAAGACGGGUGAUUAUCAAUUUCCAGAUGUUGAAUGGAAAAAUAUUUCACAAGAAGCAAGAUCAACUAUUCAACGAAUGCUUACAGUUAAUCCAGCAAAUCGUAUUACAAUCGGUGAAAUUCUUACAUGUUCAUGGCUUACUGAAUUGACCUCUGAAAGAUCAAUCGAUAUGAGUUCACUUCAAGAUACUGCAAUUCGAGAACAAAUAGAAGUGAGUUUAUAA